UUGCGAAAAUUUUAUUCUUUAAUGUAUAGGUAAAUAAGUUCUAUAUAUAUUAUGUAUUCAUUGUUUUAUUUUUUAUUGAUGUGGAUCUCAGCAGUUUAUUUUGUUAGUGUGUUGUAUAAUGCAUGUGGUGUAAUUUCCAUCAGAAAAGAAUAUUGCUGUAGGAAGUAAAUAAAGCACUUAACUGAGGGAGAAAAGGGAACUUUAAUUUUAUAUCAGACAUGUUACAUAUAGUACUUUAGUACUAUCUGAAACCUAAUAGUAACUUAAAUAUAUAUAUAUUUAUAUAUUGUUAUUUUGCUGACAAAGUGCUUUUAUUGUUUUAAAAGUUCAAUAUUUUGCUGCCUUUUUGUGUUAUAACAUUUUACAUUAUCCCGUCUUGUGGUUUCCAUUUUAUUCUGGGUUCUAGUUUUUCGGUUAAGUGCAAUCAGUACUUCUACCAAUACUAACUACUUGACUUUGACCCCGUGUGUAGAUUUUAGAUUAACCAUCUUUAUGUGUUGUACAUUGAAAGAGAAAACACAGUUUUCAAAUGUAAAAAUAUUUAAAAGUAUUUUAAAUCUAAAAAGUGAAUUAAAAUUUACCUUUUUAAACUUAACUUUAUCUAUUAUAAUAUAUAUAUUAAUAAUAAUAUAUAUAUAUAUAUAUAUAUAUAUAUAUAUAUAUUUCCUAAUUUUAUUUGGACAACAAAUUUUCAAGACGAUGUAAUAUUACAGUUUUUACCCAUUUGGUAUAUAAUAUACUUUAUGGUGACAAUGAGAUGUAACAUAAUAUUUUUUAGUUUUUAGGCUCUUAUUUUGCAGUAUGAGGUUAGGGUUUCUGCAGCUUCUUUUAUUUUUAAUUGAAACCUCAAUAGCCGAGCACCCACUUCAUAAAAAACUUCACACGUGGCACACCCUUAAGCUGCGUGAUAUGAGACACUCCCGUAUAAAAAGAAGUAUUAUGGACGACGAAAUUCCAACUUUGGAUCAAUUGAUUUCAUUCAACGCAUUCAACAAAACUUUCCGAUUAUCAUUACUUCCGUCACCUGAGGUCUUCGCAAUGGGAUUUAAAGCGUUUGUUAGUGGAAAAAAUGCAGAAGAGGAAAUUAGAGUGGACAAGGCAAAAGUGCUAAAGGGGACGGUUCUCGGCGAUUCAAAGUCUCAUGUCAUUGCUCAUUUACAAGACGGCAGGUUGACAGCGAGUAUUGAUACAGACAAUGAAACUUAUAUUGUUGAACCAAUGUGGCGUCACAUGCACGCACAUGACAUUAACGAAGACACCAAGUCAGACAUGCUUGUUUAUAGAAGGUCUGAUGUCAAACUACAAAGUUUGAAUGACCCACACGGAGAAGAUGGAUUCUGUGAUACACAUAGGCUAAUGAGAGAAUUCAGAAACAAAUCAAAACUCAAGCAUGAUCAUAACAGGAAUGGUAUUGAAGAUGAAUUAGAAACAGUUCGGCACCAAGCUCGCCACCACAGAGCAAAGAGAUCAACGGCUAUUCCAAAAAUUUGCAAAAUAACUCUUGUAGCUGACCACAGGUUUUACAGAGAGAUGGGAAACAGUAGCAUACAUGAGACCAUGUAUUAUCUGAUCAAUCUCAUUGAACGUGUCAACCAUAUCUACAAAAACACGGAUUGGGUCACGGAUCCUAGCCAACCCAAAGGUGUAUACAAAGGAUAUGGAUUUCAAAUUGAUAAUAUCACUAUACAUAAUGAGUCUACUGCUGAUCCAAGGUACAAUCAGGCUCAUUACUGGUCAGAAGCAAAACAAUUACUGGAGGCAUUCAGUGAAAAGAAGCGAUCUAAUUGCCUCUCCCAUCUUUUCACAUAUGUGGACUUUGCGCGUGGAUUACUUGGCCUCGCUUAUGUUGGUUCUGGGAAAAAAGAUGACGUUGGUGGAAUAUGCACCAAACCAUACAAUCGUGGUAAUGGAGACCCCACACUUUACCUCAACACUGGUUUAACAACUACUGUUAACUGGGGACAGCGUAUUCUUACCACUGAAGCUGACUUGGUUACUGCCCAUGAACUUGGUCACAACUUUGGUGCCGAACAUGAUGAAGAAGGUGCCGUCAACAGUGCUGAUAACUGCAGACCUGGACAGGCCAACGGAGGAAAUUAUAUCAUGUGCCCUGCUGCUGUAACUGGAGAAUAUCCAAACAAUAAAGUAUUUUCAGUUUGCAGCAAACGAAACAUUUUGCGUUCUCUCAAAAACAAAGCUCCGCUCUGCUUUCAGGAAGAAAAAAACUCCUUCUGCGGAAAUUUCCAAGUUGAAACUCAUGACAAUGAAACAUGUGACGUCGGAUAUAUAACUGGCUUCUCCAAUGAAGAUAGAUGCUGCUUGUUUAACUGCACACUUAAGCCUGGAGCAAAAUGUAGCAACAAGAACUACAAAUGUUGCACUGAAGAUUGCCAGAUUGCUGGACCAACAAAGAUGUGCAGAGCCCACAUUCCUGGCCUGUGUUUAAAAGAUGUUUACUGCAACGGGGUAGAUAAAGUCUGCCCUAGACCAAAACCAAUGCCGGAUAACACAAUGUGUGGAGACCUUGGCAGAUGCAGAAAUGGCGUAUGCGAGCCUUUUUGUAGAACUAAAGGCCUUCAGCCUUGCCUGUGUUCGCUACUGGAGGAUCAGUUCUGUUCUCGGUGUUGUGCACCACUUGGGGUCACUGGAGAUGAAUUGACCAACUUAUGCACACCGUAUUUAAAUAUAAGUGAAUCGCACUGGACACUGCCGGAUAAUUCAAGAUGCACGCUUGGUUAUUGCAGAAAGGGAAAGUGCCACAAACAAACCCAGGAUGUUAUUGAAAGAGUUUGGGACAUUUUCAAACAUAUUUCACCAGAUAAAAUUGGGCAACUUCUGGCUGACAAUAUUGUAGGAGGUGUUCUUGUGUUUUCAUUGCUUUUCUGGGUCCCAUGCAGCUGUUUGAUCAAUUUUGUCGAUAAGAAGAGAAUAAAGAAUCGGCGAGAAGAAGACAAGUGGAGAACACAGCGUGGUAAUGAAUACACUCGCAACUCAAUGGUGUUCAAAGGUGUCAGUGGUAGUUCUGCACCCGUCACCCCACGUAUUCGAAUUCAGAGAAACAAUGUUGCAUGGAACAGUGGGCAGGUGGUAAAGGCUGGCUUUGGUGCAAAGGAACAGUGGAAAAUGUCUCAAGCGAAAGGAUUCAAUGUUCGGAAUAGAUCUUGUGAAAAUCUUGACGACCUUGCUGAUGCUGGGGGAACGCCUAACAGCGAUGAUGAAGAUUGUGCUUUUGCUCAACUUUCUGUACACAGGGAUUCAAUCCGACCACCUUUUGUACGUUCUGCUGCGGUAUCCCAUCCCUCCUUUAGCCCCUUAACCCCACCAUUGGGUGAAGCUUCAUUUGACAGCGAAGUUUUACCAAUCGCUGCCUCAUCCAACACCAAUUUACCCGCGGCAGUGCUUGAGGAAGAAGAGGCUGAAGAGACAAUUUCAAUGUUCCGGCUUCGGAGUCUCCAUAGACAAGAAGCAACAGAUAUUGCCAUGAAUAUUAACAAUUUAGAUUUAAAAGAUACAACUGUUUAAUCAUGAUCAGAGCCAAGGUCAUUUACUGAUACCCACGCCACACUACAUGUAAACAGUUUGUGAAAAUCAAAAAAAAAUCACUUUUUACACACAUAAUUUUUACAUCCUGUUGUUUUUACGCUAGUUUCAAUUUUGCCAGUGUCAGUAUUUUCUUUUUAUUUCUGUGAUGCGCCAUGUUCUUAUGUGCUGCAAAACUUUCCCGGCUUUGCUGCUAGAUUCAAUCCUAUCAGUUUUUUGUGCCUUGUCGAACACAUAUGACCACUUUUAUUGUAUUUUACCUUUUUGCAAUUGUAAUCAUGUUUUAGUUUGCGCGAUAGUCUCCCUAAACUUUCCAGGGAGAAGUUGCAUUGAAUCGUGUAAAAUAUUUUAUUAAUUGUACAUAUGCACUCUCCCACGCCAACCACAAUAUUUUUUUGCCAACUGGUUUUUACAUUCUUAUUUUUAAUUAUGAGUUCACUUAUAUGUUUAUAAUGUGGUUGGGGCUUAAAGGAUAUACUUCUACUCCAUAUGAGAUUUGAUGUGAGUUCAGCACCGCGAAUAUGCAGGCUGUNAUACACGAUCGUUUGAUAUUUAA